ACAAACUUUGCAAGUGAUUCUAUCCAUAAGUAAACAAAUUAUUUCAGUCGAUUAGUUAUUCGGAAAUUUGAAUUGCUAUUUUACAUUAAAUAAAUGAUUAGUUACCCCUAGUCACCCAUCGACACCCCGUCGUCAUGGACGCUUACGUACUGAAAUGUGUCGCACCGAAUUGCAGCUCAACGACCGACCAGCAAGGAGUUAGCUUCUUCGGCUUUCCUACCGAUGACCGAGAUCUGAUACGCUCGUGGAACAAAGCCCUGGGAUUCCGUGCCAACUGCAAACACAUCCCGGAUCCGAAGCUAUGCGAGCGACACUUUCGCCCGGAGGAACUAGACCGGACUGUGGUUCCGGUAGCGCUUGUCCGGCCAGAUGUUGUGCCUUCUGUGGAUGUGGUUUUCGCUGCCAAUGAGUAUGAGAUAGCGGAAUCGAAGGACAGGGAUGGUAGCAGUAGUGAGGCGUCAAGCUCGUUAAGCUACUGCCGGCUAUGUGCAAAAGUGGAACGGCAAGCGCCGAAGAACAGUCUGGAGAAGCUUAUGAAGUGCAGCGAUACUGCCAAGCUGCUAGAAAUAUGCUUGCAAUCAAGUCGGGAGUAUGAUACGCUCCCGAGGGGGGUGUGCGAUGCAUGUGCACACAUGAUGAAGUUUUGGAUAAGGUUUGUUAGGACAUGUAGUGCUGCGCAAGGGAAGUUAAUCAAUUUACUGGCGGGGAUAAAGAAUGAUGACGAGGAAGAGGAGAGAAAGCCGGAGACUGAAGCAGUCGUUACAACGAGGAUCAAAAAAGAAGAAAGCGAACCCAAUGAACUUCCUACAGACUAUUUGCUUGUGGACCUAGGAAAGGAAGCAAAAAGCAAGAAGACGGAGUUUGGAAAUGAUGUGCCAACAGAUGUUGAAAAGCUCGAAGACGAGCAUUCAAAUGUCGAUGUAAAGGAGGAACCUGGGGACAUGAACUACGAUUCGGAUUACGAUUUACCUAAAGGGUUCGACGCAUCUUCUAAUUCAGAUAGUCAUUCUGCAACGGACGAAGAUGAUGAUGAGUAUGAGCCUGAAGAAGAACAAAUGGCAAGGUUAAGAAAGAGCAUAGAGAUGAAAUAUGAAGCUUACCAAGAUAAUGACGCUUUUGUCGAAGAAAAGCCGAAAAAGAAACGUGGUCGGCCAAGAAAGAAUGAACCUCGUCUACCAAAAGGUCCUCGUAAGCCCAGAGAAAAACGAGACAAGAGCACCGACGAGAAACCGGCAUCCCUUUGCAAGCAAGUUUGCCAAAUCUGUGGCAAAAUUCUAUCAAGCAGUGCCACAUUCAACGUCCACAUGUUGACGCACACCCAGCAAAAGGACAUCGUUUGUCCGAUCUGUGAUCGACGAUUCUAUAUCAAGCAACAACUGAAGAUCCACAUGGAAUCUAUCCACGAGAAGAAGGACUUUGUAUGCAGCAUCUGUGGACUAAAGUGCCGCUGGCGGAAAAGUCUUCGGAGGCAUAUGCUCCUGCACGACGAUGAUCCCUACAAGCAUAAGUGCACCUAUUGCGACAAGGCGUUUGCAAGGCCUAAUCAAUUGCGCUAUCACGUCAUGAAGCAUACAGGAGACCGGGUUUAUUGUGAUAUCUGCGGUGCGGAUUACAGAUUUAACUACAUGUUGACACAACACAAAAUACGCAAACAUGGAAUUGUGGUUGAGGGCGUUCAGUUGUACAAGCAGAGUGCCCGAAAGAAGAAAAGCGAAGCUGGCGAACAGUCCACAAAUGCUAGAAAGAAUCGUGUUGUUCAGCCAACUGAAGCACAAAUACAGCUACCAACAAAUCCCCCGGUACAUCCUUCCAUAGUUCCGAUGAUACAGCAGAUGGCCUUACCCGAACAUGACCGUACUAAUCACAGCGAUCUUACACACGUCUCGGAUCUGGGAAGUCCAGCGCCAACGACGGCUUCGUUCGCAACAAUCGGAUCUCCCGAACCGCCACAGUCACAGUUUCCAAGUCAUCCCCAAUCACAUCCCGUACAACUGCAACAGCACCAACCACAGCAUCACCAACAACCAUCUCCAAUAGGUGGAUUCAACGGAGCAACACUAACAACCAUGUCGAUGCCAUCGGCAGCCCUGAUAGGGUUUCCAUCGAUUAGUAGACAAUAGGAAAACACUGUAGUUUACGAAGUGCGUACGGUUUUUACAUUAUCAAAUAAUAAAGUAGACCAACAUUAUCCUUUGGAA